GAACCUAAAUUUAGCCGGUGACGAACCAUGACCUCACAGAACCAUCUGUGGGUUGUUUCAAUCAUCACCACAAACGCUAAUAAGAAAAGGCAACACCAGGAGAUUAUUACAACUUUGAAGUUCAUCGCUGUUGUGAUCAAUAAGUUUCUUCUUACUUACGUAGAUGAGAAAAUCUGACGCAGCAAUAUCCCAACACUUACCACAACGUCAAUCAAAAAGCUUAAGAUUCUACAAAAAGCAAGCCAAGCAAAAGAAGAGCAAACCAAACUGCCGGUAUGACAGACCACCAGACCUCCGCUAUUCCACCACCGAAUGAGGUCUACGAAAUACCUCUUCGACCUGUUACAUUCCCUUUAAUUCUUCCUGCUCAUGCACCCCAUCUUUCCGAUCAAGGAUGGUCAACCUUGUCUUUCUCGCCCACGGACCCUAUCCACAUUUCAUCUCAGAAGCUUCUGCAAGCAAGUAAAUCCUUCUUUGAUCUUCCGCGUGAGUACAAAUCUCAGUUUCUUACCGGGAAGGGCACCGAGGAAGGAUGGAAUCGUGUGGAAGGCGAGAAGGAAUUCAUCACUCUGCGUGAAAUCAAUACCACACCUCCCGAAUUGUUGGAUGCAGUAAAAGAAUUCUGGGACAUUACCGGGGAUGUUUUGAACAGGAUAUUGGGAGAAAUUGCUAGUAGCUUGGGCAUGAAGAAAGAGUUGCUGACAAGGUAUUCUGAGCCAUGUCUCAAGCUCCAUCAUGAGAAAACAGCAACUAUGAUCAGAUUGUUCCGGUACGAAAGUGAUGGAAUGGAUGGGAAGGUCGUUUCGGAACCACAUCGCGACAUUGGUCUCUUGAGCCUAUCAAUCAGUGAUGUUCCCGGCCUGGAAGUUUUGGACAUGCAGUCCAAAAAGUCGUUCCCAAUCGAGCAAUCGUUCAAAGGAAAAGAAACAGGAACUUUACUCGUGGGAAGGGAGUUGAGAUUCCUGAGUAAUGGAAGAUAUAACGCUGCUGGCCACUCAGUACGCAUGUAUCCAAGCACUGCAACCAGAAACGAGCCAAAUGGAAAGGAGAAUGAAAGCGAUCAAGAGACGCCAAUUAGGAAACAUUACAGAUACUCAAUAGUUUUUGUACUUCGGGGCCAUGAAGAUGUGUCCAUUGAUACCGAUGAAUUGAGAACACCGAUCACAGGACGAUGGAAGAAGCCAAUGAAGGGAUUGGAGAUGGAGAAUCUAUAUCGGCGCUUCAUGAGUAAACAUGUCAAUAUUAAUGAGGAAAUGGAGGAGAGGCAAAAGCAGAGGAAGAGGUUGUAUGAUAAGAAGGCGAGUAUGACGACAGGUCAAUGAGGCGAAGAUCAUCACUCGAGGUUUAAAGGAAUGCUUUUACAAGACGAGGUGAGCUGGUGAUACUCAUAAGGGUGAUUGAGGACGUGAAAUUUGCUAGAAUAGUGCUCAAGUUCCUGACGAACUAAAAAUUGCACUUCUAGGAGACAAUUUUUGUACAAUUUAGUAGAACAGUUUUAUCAUCUAACUUCUCGCCUCACGAGAAGUAGACCGCAGCAAUGAAAUUCAAAGUUAUUACACAACAGAGCUUCGAAAUGUAGUUCUCUAGAGUUAAGAUCUCUUUGUAGGAUUGGGCGGAGUCUUUACAUAAACACUUGCCAGAAGUUUUCCACGAGCCAGUCAAGACAUAGUAAGCGCAUUAAGAUGCACUCUAGGGUUUCCUGUUGCUACUCUCUACGGGAGAAGCGAUGGUUAGAACAAGAAUGAGUAAAAUAGUAAUAAGUGACA